AAGCUCCGGCGACAAAAAUGGCGAUACGGUUCAAUGUCGAUCUAUCCCUAGGAAGAAUAUCGCGGUUGAUGGAUAUCGACGAACAGAGCAUCCAUAUACUUCGUCUUGCUCCUCACAGCACACAACGAGGUUCAGAAUAGACUCAAAGCUUUAUUGCUUCGAUACUUCCCAAUCGCAACUACUUCAGAUCUGCGAAGCUGGAAGGAGGAAGAGCUACACAUUUUGGAUCGACCAAGAUUUAAUCCGAUGGAUUUGCUCCUGUUUCGAAUUGCUACUUCUAUCCCCGGUAACCUUCUGGAACCGGACAAGAAAGGCAGGUAAUCGUGACUUUGUUUUCUCAUAUGAAUCCAAUUCUGAUGGCUUCUUUGUUAAAAUUCAAGAAAUUAGAAAGGAUGGAUUCACAUCGGUGAUAGUUCCAGAGAGUGAUAAUUAUUUUGGUUUUAGACUCUUUCUUGCAAAAUUGAGGCACACUGUUUCUUUGGUUAAAGGUAGAAAGCGUUGUCUUCCAGUUGUUGAAUCACAGUUCUGGUCAUGUUCCAAUACCCUUUGCUGUGGGGAUGAGAUCUUUUCUCCAUCCCCUUCAAAGCUCCUAUUAGAAGUAGAUAUUCGAACAUCUUCAGGAAUGGGGUACAUAGAUCAGAAUUGCUGUCACAACAUCUCUAGUACAAAAGAACAAAAUUUGAAGCCUACUAUUGUUCUUUGUUACAACAACGUUGCUUCUUCAAAUCCUACCAUGACGGCAGUGAAUGAAACACAGAUGGGAUUGAAUUAAACUUCCAGAGUGAGACGAUUGAAAGAAAACUGCACAGAUCAGUCCAUUUUGCCAAACCAGGAGACUCCCUCAAUAAUCAAGACGUGCAGAACUUCAUCUGCUGAAUUUAGCAACCUUACUCAAGUUGAUUAUAUGGGUCAGAACCAACACUCAGUGCCAACUGCCCUAAAUUAUACAAAGAAGGUCACUUACUCUAAGGGAAUACCUCAACAAACCCACCCAUCAGCAGUCCUCAAUGUUCAUGCAAUUCCUUUCCAGCCGGUUGCCUUAGAAUUCCAACAACAUUCUAUCCCCCAGAGCAAGCAACAAGGACCAUCUCUUAAGGACUUGAAGGCAAUGCAAAUUGAAACAGAAUCAAUUAAGGCAAACAGGGGAGGUCUUCAGGUUCAAAAUGGUAAAUCUCUUAAGGAAUUGAAAGCUUUGUCAAUGCAUAAGGAGGCUAUGCUUAAUAAGUCUACUGGCCAUCAACCAUUAAGCUUUUUUGACUUGAAUUUAACAUAUGAAUGCUCCAAACCUAUCAGUCUCAUUGACAUGCCUUUGUUGAUGACGGGAGGGGAUGAAUUGGACAGUAUAGGGGAAGAGAAAGCUGAGGUUUGUGAGGAGCAGAUUGAGAAUGAAAUUGAGGCGCAUGACUAUGUGGAAGAAGAGACUUUUCAAAAAGGAAAAAAAGGCAAAGGGAACAAGAAAGGUAAGAAGAAAUAUGGGGAUAACACCACCGAUAAGUAUGGCAAUAGCUCAAAUCCUCUGGCAAGUGGAAAAAAGAAGAAGAAAUAAUUAGGCUUCCUCGCAGAAAUCUGGUUUAAAGUUCGUUUUUGCUUUUUGUUGCAUGUUGAAUUUGGAGUCCUGCAAAUGUUUUUAAUCUGCAUUUUUGAUUAGAUUUUUAAUUCGGGUUUAUUUUUGGCCAGCUUGUGGGAUUAGGGCCAUCCCCUCCUUUUGUACUGCUUUUUUAUUCCUAAUAAACUCGGCAGGGGUUC